AUGAAUGCUUUUGUCAAGAGUGCUGAUUUUCAGGUGUCAUGGGGGGAAACGAGAGCAGUGUGCAUCACAGAAAUUGAAAAUGCAACAGACAGCAUCGCUUCGCCAAGUUACCCGAAUUACUACCCGGCCAACCUGAACUAUACGUGGACCAUUUCCCAACCUCGAGGUUGUGUCGUUCGGUUGCGGUUCGAAGACUUUCAGCUCGAAUCAGACAAAGAUUUUGUUCAUGUAUACGACGGACCUGCAACCAAUGAGAACCUGAUGGACACAUGGACUGGAACACGACUACCGUCGCCACGAGUCUCGACAGGAAACAGCUUAACAAUCAAAAUGCUAACGGAUAACACGCGAGAAUUUCGAGGUUUUUAUGCAACCUAUGAGGCU